CCCCGCUACAUCAAGGCCAGCGCCGGCUGCAAACACUUCAGCGUGCACGGGGGCCCUGAGAACAUCCCCGAAUCCAGGCUCAGCUUCGACGCCCAGGUGCUGGAGCGGGACUGGCGCAUGACCUUCCUGCCCCAGUUCCAGGCGUGUGUCCGUGCUGGUUCCUUCAGCUUCAUGUGCAGCUACAACAGGAUCAAUGGCGUUCCCGCCUGUGCCAACAAGAAGCUGCUGACGGACAUCCUGCGUGGCGAGUGGGGCUUCGAGGGGUACGUGGUGAGCGAUGAGGGGGCCCUGGAGCUCAUCAUGCUGGGGCACCACUACACACACACCUUCCUGGAGACAGCAGUCGCCUCAGUCAACGCCGGCUGCAACCUGGAGCUCUCCUAUGGCAUGAGGAACAACAUCUUCAUGCACAUCCCUCAGGCUCUGGCCAUGGGCAACAUCACGCUGCAGAUGCUGCGUGACCGAGUCCGGCCCCUCUUCUACACGCGGAUGCGGCUGGGGGAGUUCGACCCCCCAGAGAUGAACCCCUACAGUGCCCUGGACCUGAGCGUGGUGCAGAGCCCUGAGCACCGCAACCUCUCGCUGGAAGCUGCUGUCAAGAGCUUUGUGCUGCUGAAGAACAUUCGGGGGACUCUGCCCCUGCGGGCCCAGGACCUGCCCGGCCAGCGCCUCGCGGUGGUGGGUCCCUUCGCUGACAACCCCAGGGUGCUGUUCGGGGACUACGCGCCGGUGCCAGAGCCUCAGUACAUCCACACUCCCCGGUGGGUGGAUGUGGAGACAGAGGCGAAGGACAGGAGUGACCUGUCCCUACCAGGGCACCAGCUGGAGCUGCUGCAGGACGCCGUGCAGGCAGCCGCCGGGCGCCCCGUCAUCCUGCUGCUGUUCAACGCGGGGCCCCUGGACGUGGGCUGGGCACAGGCACACGACGGUGUGGGGGCCAUCCUGGCCUGCUUCUUCCCUGCCCAGGCCACUGGCUUGGCCAUUGCCAGGGUCCUGCUGGGCGAGGCGGGGGCCAGCCCGGGUGGGCGGCUGCCGGCCACGUGGCCUGCGGGCAUGCACCAGGUGCCGCCGAUGGAGAACUACACCAUGGAGGGACGGACGUACCGGUACUACAGGCAGGAGGCCCCGCUCUACCCCUUCGGGUACGGGCUCUCCUACACCACCUUCCACUAUCGGGACCUGGUGCUGAGCCCCCUGGUGCUGCCUGUCUGUGCCAACCUCACCGUGUCUGUGGUGCUGGAGAACACGGGGCCGCGCGACGGCGAGGAGGUGGUGCAGCUGUACCUGCGCUGGGAGCAGUCGUCCGUGCCGGUGCCACGCUGGCAGCUGGUGGCUUUCCGGCGCGUGGCUCUGCCGGCCGGCCGGGAGACCAAACUGUCCUUCCAGGUGCUGGCUGAGCAGCGCGCGGUGUGGGCACGGGACUGGCUCCUGGAGCCUGCCUGUCCCCAGAGGCCUGUCCCCGAAGCGAUGCUGUGGGCAGUGGUGGGGCACUGA